AUAAUAUAGCCUACACAAAAUAGAUUAAAAUCACCAUUUCAGAAGAACUCAAUGAGUGUGACAGGGUUUGUAUGUACAGCUUUGAAAUUAGGCUGUAUGCAGGAGGAAGUAUCACCAUGACGACAAGGGUUAUCUUUGUUCUCCAUGUGCUUCCUGUCUAAGUGAAGUGUUUAGUGGGGAUAUAACAGAUACAGUUAACACUGAAGAGGUGCCAGUUGAUUGUCUAAUGUGCUGGUGUGCUCAUGUUAAGGCUGCAGGGAUUUUAACCAUACUGGGCUGCCACUAUGGUGCUGUAAUUCUGGGGUUUAUGAUAGAGUGAUGGCAGGGAUAUGGUCAGAGGUCUGGACGUUGUACUUCAUACUGGCUCUUGGUACUCCAGACCCCUCACCAGCACCCCAAGAGAAAUCCCGUGACUUCAGAAGGAUCCUCCUAGGUUUGGAUAAAUGCAAUGCCUGCAUUGGAACAUCCAUUUGCAAGAAGUUUUUCAAGGAUGAAAUAAGGUUUGAAAGAUGGCUGACGGCUCAGUCUAAUCUCUCCUCAGCAGAUGUGCGCUCAUAUGAGGGAAACUAUACAGACAGCACAGCGGGCUGGAGACCUGUGGUGCUGUCCCAAUUGAUGUCUCCUCACCUGCACGAGAUAUCAGACAAUAGCAUUUGCACCUCAGCAGGCAAAGGGAAAUCCUGCAGCAUUGAAGCCGUCCUCAGGGCCACUUCACGCUUCCAAAGUUGGGUUCGCUCCAACAUACUGCUUCCCAGCAUGGUGAAGGGUCUGGUCACCCCGAUGCUGCGCUGCCCAUCUCAGAGGUUGCUGGACCGUAUUGUGCGACGCUACUUCGAAGUGACUGAUGUGGGCAGCAUGCAGAUGAAGCACUUCAGUGAAAAGGACAAACUCAGACUUCUUUACACUCUGGCUGUUAAUCAACAGCCCCUUAUACUGCAGAUGUUUCCAGGCACUGAGGGCUGGCCCUUCCUCCGCUACCACGGCUCCUGUGGAAGGAUGAUGGUGUGUGCAGGGAGCAGACCCCUCAGGAGCCUGUUUUCCUCUCCAUUAGAGCGCCGCGCAGACAUCGCCUACCAGCUCCUUCACACCACCCAGAGCCUGAGCUCCAACAGCCUCCAGUUCAGCCUCUUCUACACCAGUGUCUCAGAGGACAUGUUUGGCACCUUGGAUGAUAGCAGGGUCUUCAUUGUGGAUGCCAGUACCAUAGGGAUCAUCGAUUUGCAGGAAGGACAUCCUCCUGAUGAAGACUUGUUACCAGAACACCUUGAUGUCUUCUCCUGUCUGAGCGGAUCUUGUACGAGAACUCCCCCAUGUGAGACUGUCCGAGCCACACAGAGUUUUAUCUUACUAUGCAAACAUGUCCUUUACAAACUGCUCAUCCCUAAUGAUGUGCAGUCAGGCCAGCUUCCCAGAGCAGCAGUCAAUGAGCUCGCUGUCUGCGCAGACCAAUCUCAGUCUGACCAAAGAAUAGUCACUGCCAUCCAAACCUUAAAAGACAUUUUACAGACACUAAGGGCAUGCAGCGCUCUCUAUGGAUACAGGUAUCCUGAAUGCCUCUAUAGUGACAAGUUCUAGAUCACGACUACUGACUUAAAGGGUUAGUUUACCCAAAAAUUUAAAUUCUGUCAUUAAUUACUCACCUUCAUGUCGUUCCAAACCUGUAAGACUUUUGUUUAUCUUUGGAACGCAAAUGAAGAUCUUUUUGAUGAAAUCUGACAGCAUUCUGUCCUUCCAUAGACAGCCUACCUUUUGAAACUUUGACACCUCAAAAAGUUCAUAAAGAGAUCAUAAAACUAAUCCAUAUAAAUUGAGUGGUUUAGUCCAAAUUUUCUGAAGAGACUCGAUCACUUUUUAUGAUGAACAUUUAAUUUAAGCUUUUACUCACAUAUUAACAUUGAUCAGCGAACAUAAACGGAAGCUCAACUGAGCCUGAAAGACGUGAAAGAACAAACCUCUUGCGCGCUGCGUAACACACGAGAAUGAACCUCAUUGGUUCUCGCACUAGUCAAGUAAACAUGCUUGAGCUUCCAUUUAUCGUAUGUGAAUAAAAAACUAAAUUCAAUCUGUUCAUCAUAUAAAUCGAUUGUGUCUCUUCAGAAAAUUUGGACUAAACCGCUUAAUUCAUUUGCAUAGGCUGUCUAUGGAGGGAGAGAAAGCUCUCAGAUUUCAUCAAAAAGAUCUUCAUUUGUGUUCCGAAGAUGAACGCAAGUCUUACAGGUUUGGAACGACGUGAGUAACUAACCAACUAACCAUUUAAGGGAUAAUUCACCCCAAAAUUAAGAUUCUGUCAUUUACCCUCCCAUUUUGUUUGCUUCUCAAAGUUCUUUAAAGCAUCUUUUGUGUUUCACAGAAGGAAGUCAUGAGGGUUUGGAAUGACAAAGUGAAUAAAUGAAAACAGAAUUUUCAUUUUUGGGUGGAGUAUCUCUUUUAGCUGACUGCAUAAAGUUCACAGAUACAAUCUGAACCUGUUAGUAUCUUCUAGGCACUACGAAAUAAAGCACUUAGAAAGUUCACAAAUACAAAAUGGAUUGUUUAACUUCAUCAGUAUAUAUCUAAUAAAGAAUGUUUAUCUUAUCAAAUCAUAGCCAGCAAACAGAUAUAUUAUGCAAAACAAAUAUUCAAAUUAUUCAAAUAUUAUAAUUCACACCUGAGACAAGGAAUUUCAUCACAAAAGGAGAAUAUUUUAAUUACAAAGACAACUCUGAUUAGUAACCCAUAAACCAUAUCAAUCUUCAUGUUUCUGUACAAUGCUUGCUAAGCAGUUUUAUUCAUGUAUAGAAAAUGUAAAAAGAGAAAUGUUCAAAAUGACAUUACUCCAUAAAAUUUAAUGGCAGGAACUCUGGAAAAAAUAACAGCAUUCCAUCAACAAAUAUUUUCAAGCAAUAAAUAUUUAUAAAUAGUGUAAAUUUACAAGAUUAGAAAUAUAACACAAAAAAAAAACCAAAAAAAAAAAAAAAAAAAAUUAAA